UUCAUUAAUUUAUCGGACAUCUCUAUCGUUUACUAUGGCUACGCUGAAGAAUGCGGGGCUCGUCUAGUUUAUUUAUUUCCACCACGUCAGUGGGUAUUAUGCUUAUAAACCUACAUCGACUUUUGCACCGUUCUUUCGGUGCCAGACGGCCGUUUCUAGCGAGUUUGUACCACACUCAGCGGGGAGUCUAUGGUUUCAGACCGAGAGAAAUUCCGGAGAGAGACGCUGAUCUUCCGCAGAUCUCCGCGCUUAACCAAGAUCAUGGACUGGCGAGACUGGUGGAGGCCUAUCGUGCACAUGGACACAAAGUAGCUCAAAUUAACCCCUUACUUCCCCAAACACCUGUGCUGAACAGUGUGCCUGAGAUCAGUCUGCUGAAUGGAGUCGUUCAUGGAGUCCUCAACACCACCGGAUUGCGGCAUUUUGGGAAAACCGAGGCCACUUCUGAAGAGGUGCUGGCCUAUCUGGAGAGAACGUACUGUGGGAGAAUCUCAGUGGAAACCACUCAGCUCCAGAGCUUGCAGGAAAGAGAAUGGUUUGCAGACCAAUUUGAGGAGCUCAAGAAAGAGGCGUUUUCAUCGGAGGAGAGGAGACAGCUGGCUAAACUGAUGCUUGAAUCACAAGAAUUUGACCACUUUUUAGCCACCAAGUUUGCCACUGUUAAACGAUAUGGAGGUGAGGGAGCAGAGAGCAUGAUGGGAUUUUUCUAUGAGCUGUUUCGCUCUGCGGUGUACAGUGGAGUGACAGACGUGGUCAUGGGAAUGCCUCACCGUGGACGUCUCAACCUCCUCACCGGACUACUGCAGUUCCCUCCAGAGCUCAUGUUCCGUAAGAUGAGGGGUCUCUGCGAGUUUCCAGAGAACUCUCCCUCAAUUGGAGACGUGCUGUCCCAUUUAACCUCCACGGUGGAGCUGGACUUUGGGGCGGGACACCCUCUCCAUGUCACCAUGCUGCCGAACCCCUCCCACCUGGAGGCCAUCAACCCUGUGACGCAAGGAAAGACCCGUGGCCGUCAGCAAGUCAAACAGGACGGCGAUUACUCCACUGACCCUCACGCACAACCAGGAGACAAAGUCAUCUGCCUGCAGGUUCAUGGUGAUGCUUCGUUUUCAGGCCAAGGCAUAGUAACGGAGACCUUCACGCUGUCAAAUCUCCCCCAUUUUAGAGUAGGUGGAAGCAUCCACCUCAUUGUAAACAAUCAAGUGGGCUACACCACUCCCUCAGAGAGGGGACGAUCAUCUCUGUACUGUAGUGAUGUUGGUAAAAUGGUGGGAUGUGCAAUAAUCCAUGUGAAUGGCGAUGAUGCUGAGGAGGUCCUCAGGGCGACCCGGCUGGCCGUGGAGUACCAGAGACGCUUCAGAAAAGAUGUUAUUGUAGACCUGCUCUGUUACCGCCAGUGGGGCCACAAUGAGCUGGACGAGCCCUUUUUCACAAACCCCGCAAUGUAUAAAAUUAUCCGGUCGAGACAAAGUAUCCCAGAUUCAUAUGCUGACCAACUGAUCGCUGAGGGUCUGAUGACAGAGGAAGAGCGCGAACAGAUCAAGACCACCCACUACGCCAUGCUCAACGACCGGCUGAACAACAUGACACUCUACAGCCCUCCGCCCACAAACCUCCAGGGGCGCUGGGGGGGCCUGGUGGAGCCCCAGAACAGAGUCUCAUUCUGGGACACGGGCGUAGCUCUGCCCCUGCUGCAGUUCGUAGGUGCCAGAUCAGUAGACUUACCUGAGGAGAUUCAAAUACACAGUCACCUGAGAAAGACACACAUGCAGGCACGCCUGCAGAAACUGGAAGAGGGCACAAAAUUAGACUGGUCCACAGCGGAGGCCCUGGCGUUUGGCACAUUGCUGUGUCAGGGAUUUAAUAUCCGUAUCAGCGGUCAGGAUGUUGGCCGGGGUACAUUCAGUCAGCGUCACAUUAUGGUUGUGUGUCAAGAAACCAACGACAUGUACAUUCCCCUCAAUCACAUCAGCCCUGAACAGAAAGGCCACUUGGAGGUGUGCAACAGUGCUCUUUCAGAGGAAGCUGUGCUGGGGUUUGAGUAUGGAAUGAGUAUUGCUCAGCCUAGACUGCUGCCCAUCUGGGAGGCUCAGUUUGGAGAUUUCUUCAACGGCGCCCAAAUAAUAUUUGACACUUUCCUCUCUGGAGGUGAGGCGAAAUGGCUCCUGCAGAGUGGAUUGGUCAUCUUACUGCCCCACGGAUAUGAUGGAGCCGGACCAGAGCAUUCAUCCUGCCGAAUAGAGCGUUUCUUACAGCUCUGUGACAGUAAAGAAGAAGGUGUGGACGGUGACACGGUGAACAUGGGAGUGGUCAAUCCUACCCUACCAGCUCAGUACUACCACCUUUUACGGAGACAAAUGAUUAGAAACUUCAGGAAGCCCUUAAUCGUGGCCUCUCCUAAGACUCUUCUGCGCUUUUCUGGGGCAGUGUCAAGCUUGGCUGAUAUGGGACCCGGAACUUUCUUUAAGCCUGUCAUUGGGGAUACAUCAGUAAACCCUACAAGUGUGCAGCGGAUUCUGUUUUGUUCAGGUAAACAUUACUACGCCCUGCUGAAACACAGAGAGACUUUACCAGAGACAGAAAAAAACACAGCGCUGAUCAGGGUGGAGGAACUGUGUCCCUUCCCCACAGAAGCCCUACAACAGGAGCUAAAUAAAUACACAAACGCCAAAGGUGAGUUGCUCAUAUACACAUCUUUUAUUCAUGGACCACUCAAAGGAUUGUUGUAA